CUUUCCACUGAAUGAACCAGAGCGCUGCGCCAAGUGGGUGCAAGCAACUCGGAGAGCGACCGAAGGGCACAAUUUUCCAAGUAAAUAUUCUUACCUGUGCUCGAAGCACUUUCCGGAUACUUGCUUCCGUGAGGCGAAAGGGCGAAAAGUCCUAAAUUGUACUGCUAUACCUUCGAUUUUUAAUUUUGUCAAAGAAGAGCCACAGAAACCAACCAGAAGAAGGUUGUUCCGUGACCUCCAAACGGCUGAGACACCUCCAGUCCCAAAACGGACCAAAGUGAUUCAGAAACCUGGUCAAUGAAGGGGAAUUUAAGGAUUCAACAUUACUGCUUCAAUGAGCCGUUUCAGCUGUAUCAAAAAGAGGAUUUAGUGAAUUCGUUCUUCCGUGAUCCAAAUGUAAUCAACACGUUGGAGGUCGAACCAUCCAUUGUUUUAGGGCGAUCGUGUUCGCGGGUUGAGUGGAGUCCGGUACCAUGCAAUGUUGUCUCCAUGACUUUUUUCGAUAAAAUAUUCGACCCACAGAACAAUAUUACUUUCGACGACAAGAAAAAAGAUGUGAGGACUUGCGAGUAUUCAGAGGUGGACGGUUUUGCCAUCACGGAUAACUUGAGGAUGAUGUUACUUGACGAGGAGGCCGACCUGUAUCAAUUAUACAGUAAGACUGACAGAGAACAAUUUUUGUUCCGCUUAUUUAAACAUCUUUGUUUGGGUGGACUCUGGUGUCAAUAUGAGGACUCUUUGCAGCCAUACCUUGAUGUCACAAAGUGCCUGUAUAAAAAUCUGCUGAGUGCUGAGAAAGAGGAAUCCUCGGGACAAAUUAUGAUCAGAUCGGUUGUCCUAGAAGUAGUCGUUUACGGAGACGAAGACAAGCCAAUUUUACCCAAGGAUCCUGGGAAAGAUAACAAUUUUGUGUACUUAAUAAUUGACCCAGUUGAACGAGCGGUGACGGUUCUUGUUCAUCAAGUUGGAUGUUUAAUCAUUUAGGAUAGAAUGAAAAUAAAAUUUUACAAAUUUUUGUUUCAA